AGGAGUUUUCAUCGAUGGAAGGGCUGCCCGGCUACAGCAGCUCCAACAGCUGGAUGUAGUGUGGAAACAUCUGCAGCGGAGUGCGUAAAAAUGCAGCUGAGCAGCUCCGUGCCUGACUGGAACAUCCCAGGAAUGAGUCCAUAACAGGCUGAGAGGACAUGAUAGGAGCUACUUCUCUUUAUUUGGGAUUAUAUGCAACAGUUUGGCACGUGCAGGAAUAUUUAAUCUGAUCAGAGUGGAAUGAAUGUGAUGAAACUUUCCUCUGAGGAGUUACGCUCUCUCCCACCGAGACCACCGACCGUACCUGCAGCUCCACCGAGGAGACGGUUCGUCAAGGUGGGGAGGAAGACCAGUGAUGGAUCUCAGCAAUCAGCUUCGUCCACUUCGUCCAGCAGCAGGUCAGCCGAGGGCGUGGCCAUCAGACAGCCCAGCAAGAGCCGCAUCCGUCGCCAUACCAACCGGCUCUCAGGUGUCUUCCUCCGUGUUCCCGCCUCCAGCUCAGGGUCCAUGGCACUGACGGCAGGCAUUAGAUCGUCUCUGUCCAUCCAACCCAGGAAAGGCAGCGUGAUCUCCUCAGAUGUCUUAAAAGCUGACGACCCGUCUGAGCUGUCCAAUCAGAUGACAGCUCCGGGAAUCCUGAAGAUCUUUGGAAAUGACAUCUGCGAGGGAGCUCACUACAAGAGCGUCCUGGCCACCACUCACUCCAGUGCAAAGGAGCUGGUCAAAGAGGCCCUGGAACGGUACGGCCUGAGCAAGAGGGAGGCUGAAUCCUACGUUCUUUGUGACACCAUCGGCUCCAUCGGCAAUUCUCAGUGGAAGACGGAAGGUUUCCGAGUUGUUGGCGACAAUGAGAAGCCCCUCCUCCUUCAGUCGCUAUGGAAACCCAGAGAAGGCCUGGCGAGACGGUUUGAACUGCAGAAGAGGAGCUCAGUGGAGGAGAAGGCGUUGAAAGACAAAGACACCGUCACUGCGGGUAUCAACGCCCAGGCUCGAAAGCUGCAGAAGAGCCGCUCCAGAGUGACCUCCACCUUCAUGGAGAGGACGAUGGGACGAAACUACAAAAUGUGGCGGAGCAAAAGUGAGAUGGACCUCUUAGACUCUGAUGCAGAGAACCAAGAGGAGACGGAAAGUGAAAACUGUCAGAAGGAUCGGAGCGUGAGCCUGAAUAACACCUCAGCGCAGACUUACAAGUGUUCAAAAACACGUCCAGAACAGAAUCACAUUCAAAGUGUCGCAGUUCCCUCUGAGGGGGACGGCAGCCCGCGGGCAAAAACAGAGAGCCUCUGUCCAUCCAAGCUGAGGGGCGAGCGGGAAGGAGAGGAGUCAGAGAGGGAGGAGACGGAGAGCAGCGACGAUAGCACCACACAGUACUCCAUUCACCCUCCUCACGACUGUCCAUACCUGCUGCUGCUGCAGGGCUGCAGCCCAGCACAGGACUUUAUCAUCUACCUUCUCGCCGGUCAGAACAUCGUGUUUGGUCGGCAAAGUGAAACCGAGGAUGGGUCAAAGCCGGACAUCCUCCUCUUUGCAGCUGACAUCCUUCCAAGACACUGUUAUUUUCAUCGCCAUAGCGUUGGCAGUUCCACCGUGCUCGGCCCUUGUCAGGACGCCACCGUCACGAGGAACGGCCAACUGCUGCGAGAAGAGGUGCAGCUCAACCCUGGGGACAUCAUCGGACUGGGGCAGUGCUACCUUUUUCUCUUCAAGGAUCCACUAGUGUCAACAAAUAAGGAAGUAAACAGUGCUGCUUCUGGACCCGCCAUGACCGCUGUCCCCUGGAUGCUGGAUCAGACACCUGCCACAACAAAAAACAAUUCUGUCAUCCUCUGUCACACCUGUGUUUCAAAUUUCUCCAAGCUCGAGAGCUCGAAAGGCAAACAGACUCUCCACAGAGGUCCUCCCUUUAUAAAAUCAUCUAAAGGCCACGGCCUGACUCUGAACUAUGAGACGAAGGACGAGUACUGCAUCGUGAAGGAGAUAGUGGCUAUGGGGAACAGCAGCAUCAACGACAGACCGCCACUGACUGCUUCUUUUUUACUGUGCCUGUGUGUGCAGUAUUCAUCUGCUAAUCUUCAUACGACUGACCUGCGGAGGCUGCUGCUGCUCAUCGCAAGUGGAGUUCAGAGCGCCAUAUGGGAUCACACGAAGGACCUGGCUGCGGCUCAGUCUGAAUCCAGUGACAACUCAAACUACAAUGACCUCCAGGAUCCUGCACUUCAUGAGGUGAUGUCGGGACUGCGCCCCCUGGUGGUGUGGAUGUCAAACAGCCUGGAGCUGCUGCAUUUCAUCCAGUUUCAGCUGCCUCUUAUUCUGGAGUGGAGAAUCAGGAAGGAGCAAGGCCUGGAGGAUGAUGAGGAAAGGGAAGAUGACGAUAUCAAGGAGGCGGAAAACUGGGCCCUCUUGGAGCUCCGUCUGUCCUGUAUUCAUUCAGCCAGCGAGGAGACGCUAGCUGUCCUGGAGGAGGUCUUAUUGCUUGCCUUCCAGCAGUGUGUGUACUACAUCACCAAGGUCCUGUACCCCAUUCUGCCGGGCCUCCUAGACUACAACUCAUUUAGGGGGAGUGCUGAACUGGAGAUGUCUGUAGACGGUAGUCCAGUUCUGGGAAGGAGUCGGCAUCACAUCCCGGAUGAGAUCCAGCAGCUUCUGGAGGUUCUGACUGAGACCUGGAAACUACUGUCGGACUGUCAGCUCCAUGCAGAGAUUUCCUCCCAGCUGAUUGGCUACCUCUUCUACUUCAUCAAUGCAUCACUCUUCAACUCACUCAUGGAGAGAGGCUCGGAGCGUGGAUUCUACCAGUGGUCCCGGGGCAUUCUCAUGCGGUCCAAUCUUAACUUCCUCCUUGGCUGGGCCCACACAGCUAAACUGGGAGAACUGGCCUUGAAGCACACACAGACUCUGAGGGCUGCCAUUAAUCUGCUAGCUACACCCAGAAAGAACUUAUUACAGAAAUCAUGGGAUACCCUGCGGUGCGAGUACCCCGCCUUGAGUCCGGCCCAGCUGAACCACCUGCUGGGUCUGUACAGCCCACCGCCCCCCUUCAAAAACACCUGGGCUCCAUCUGUUCACGAGCAGGCUGCAGCCCAGAAAACAGACGACAUCCUUGAGAGUUUCGAUACCCAUCAUCCUCUAGUGCUGCCAGACAACGGUUACCACUUCCAGCUGAGAGGCGAGGUGACGGAUCUGUCUCUGAGCGAACAGCUGGACAAGCUGAAGGAAUUCAUCUCCAGCAUUUCUAGUUCAAGUUAUGAUGUGAUCAAUGCAACGGAUGAGCAGAAGGUUGGUUCCAGUCCCAUGGAGACUAAACUGACUCACAUCGAUGUCCACCCUUUAGUCAUUCAGGAAACAAUGGAUAAAUCACCAACUUUGUCUACUAUCCAUGAACUCCAGUCCCCCUCCCCUCCUUCAGCUGCUUUACCUCCCACACCCCCAUCACCACGCUCUCCCCCCCCCUCUCACUACUUUAAUGAGAGCAGCUCCUGCGGUGCCCUCCUUUUCUCCCAUAAGCACAGAAAUCUGGAGGUGCAGAGCAGAGAGACAGACACGGGCUCAGUGAGGAGGUCAGCUGACUCCACCUGUAUCCCUACCCCACCCAGCACCCCCCACACCAUCCAUCCUAUUGAUUUGGUGAAGGCGGAGAAAUGGGUGAGGGGAGAGAGUGAGACACUUCCCUGGUCCUCUGGUGUGGAUCCAUUAGAUAAAGGUGGAUUAGUGUUCGAAUGUCUGUCUGCACUUAAAGGAGACUCUUUAAAGUCAGAGUACCCCAGUUUGAAGAGAUUUGUCAGGAUUAAAGAGGAAGAGGAGCAGCAGGUGGAGGAAGAGGUGGACGACCAUCAUGACAAUGACCAUGAGCUUUUUAGUUUGGAGCUGGAGCGAGGUGCAUGUGGAGUUGGUCUCGCUCUGAUUGACACAAGGGACACUAACAUGAGGGUGAAAGGCGUCUUCAUCCGUGCAGUGGUCCCAGACUCUCCUGCAGCUCGGUCUGGAAAGCUGCAAGCAGGAGACCGAAUCCUGGCUGUGAACGGAGUCAGUCUGCUUGGCUUGGACUACCAGAGUGGAAAGGAGUUGAUCCAGUCAUCGGGUGACAGGCUGAGGUUACUGGUGGCCAGAUCUGAAUGGAUGGCUCAGGCUAUAAAGGCUGAAUGCUGACAGCUCUUUUCACAGAGACAUUAAAUGCACCACUUAAAGCUGAAAGAGGAGCUUGUUGGACAUUCAUUCAUCUCUGCUGUUACUAGUUCUAUGCUCAGAGCCUGGUUCUAUUCAAGCCUUCAUGUUAAACAGUAUAAUGAAACUUUUAAACCAGUUACAGAGCUUUCUUUUCCUGAUUCUUCCAAUCACAGUCCUCUAUUCAGAAACAAUGAAUGUCAACUUUAGAGGGACCACACAAGUGAGAGAACACUUUGAGAGUGGCUGGUAAAUUCAAAUACUCAGUCAGCUUGUACAUCUACUAAUAUCUCAACAUGACACUAUUGUGAACUUUCUCAGCUGUUAACAUUUUAUCACGUUCCACAUUUGUUAGUCGUUUAUGUAAAAACCUCCAAAAACAAUCUUUGUUUUGGAUUUUUGGUUCAUCGUCUGGAUAAAUGAGUGUUUGCCCCCUUCCUUAUGUCUAAGUUUAUUUCGUAUUUGUCACUUAAAUGUGUCAGAUCAUCAAACAAAUUUUGAUAUUAGACAAAGAUAUCCUGAGUGAAUGCAAAAUGCAGUUUUAAAAUGAUAAAUGCAUUUAGUAAGAGAAAAAGCAUUUAAACUGGCCUGGCCCUGUGUGAAAAAGUCGUGAGGCCUACAGGUCUUUAGAUGUUGUUCUGGGCUCCUUUGUGACCUCCCGGAUGAGUCAUCCUCACGCUCUUGGGGUCAUUUUGGUAGGUCUGCCACUCCUGGGGAGGUUCACUGUUCUUCCAAGUUUUCUCCGUUUGUGGAUUAUGGCUCUCACCGUCGUGUAGUGGAAGCUUCAAUAAUGACAAAAACGAGUAUCUUUCAUGCUGCAACAUUUACUGCUUUGAGGUGGCACUUAGAACAAAGGAAAAAAGUUACACUCUCGGGCUUCUGCACCGCUGCUUGACAACAUUGUCAAGCUAACAUCAUCAACACAUGACAUGUUUCCUUCUGUGACUUCAAAAUAAAAGCACUUCCUUUUUCGUAUUAAAUGUAUGAUUCUAACCACAGAACAUAGUAGGCUCUUUACUUAUCAGUGUAAACAAUAAAAUAGUUACUUUAACACCUGUAAUGUCUUAUUUUACUAAGUGAAUACGAAACAUUGUAUCUUGUAACCUUAAACAUGAAAUAAUUCACAGCACUCACCAUGGUUCAAUGAGUCCCAAAGCCUUUGAAAUGUCUUUGUAACCCCUUCCAGACUGAUAGAUGUCAGUGUCUUUGUUUCUCAUCUGUUGUAGAAUUUCUUUAGAUGGCGCCAUGAUGUGUUUGAGUUUUUUUAGCUUACUUCACUUUGUCAGACAGGUUCUAUUUAAGGGUUUCUGGGUUCUACAGGUCUGGCAGUGAUCAGGCCUUGGUGUGGUUAGAGAAACUGAACUGAUUUAACUUUCUCAAAUAAGGCCAGGUAGAUUUGGGUGUUUUUUUUCCCUUAAUGAAUGAACUCAUCAUUUAAAAGCUGCAUAUUUACUUGGGUUAUCUUUGUGUAAUAUUAAAUUUUGUCUGAUUAUCUAAAACACUUUAGAAAGACAAAUCUUCAAAAAUAAAAGAAAUCAGGAAGGUGGGAAAUACUUUUUACUGCACUUUAUGAUGACUGUUUCUGAUAGAUGUUGUUCUUAAUGAUAUAUGCAUCAUGGAAUAUCACAUUUAUUUAAUCAAUAACCAGAUCAUAUCAUGAACAGGUUUCACCACCGUCAAUGUCGUUACCACCAUUUUUCCCUUUAUACUGUGUUCAUAUCUGAUUUUUUUUAGCUGUUUUUGUUGAAUUUACUCAUGUCUGCCAUAUUCUGCAGUAAUAAAUACAUUUUAAUCCAAGCCAGUGUCAUUUUUUAUUAAUGGCACUUGAGGGAAUGACUGUCCUGACAAGAGAAAACUAUUUGAUAAAAAAUAACACAGAAACAACAACAAAAAAAACAUCCCCUCUUAUCAAAGGGUACUACUGAGGAAAUGACUUUUUUUUUUUAGUUGUAGUAAAAUGCAAACACAUGUAACUUAUUUACUUUAGGCUGACAAUGAAUCAUCCUGCAUAAGUCUAACAACUAAAACACAUGAAAUGUAAAAUAUGUGCUUAAUGACUGUUUAAAAGCAGUUUGUUGUUUCCAAAGCACAGUUCUGGUCUCUAACACCACUCAAACUGUGUUUUCAUCAGGAUGUCCGGGUAUCCUGCGAACACUGAUCUUGUUUUAAAACAGGCUACAGCCCAAAGUUAUGCAAAUGGAUUUCACAACCACAGGGCAAU